AUGCCCAUCUGCAUCGAAUGCUCCUAUCCGGUUUCUCACCUGUACAGUACCUACAGCCGUGCUGAUGAUCGAUCGCUGGGCAAAGGCGUGCGCCUGACGCAAUGUCCGCGCUGCCAGCAUUUUGCAGACAAAUAUGUCGAGUAUGACUUUGUCGUUCUGUUUAUUGACCUGGUUUUGAUCAAGCCGCAGGUGUACCGGCAUCUCCUUUUCAACCGGCUCGGAAGAGAUGACAACCAAUUCGAUCGCUCCAUAAUUCGCCUUGGUAUCCUCCUUCUCCUCUUCGACGUCUACCUGACCUGGGCGCGCAUCGAGAAAUCGCAAUCCGUGACCUCUAGUUUCCUCAUCUACACUCCGAUUAUCAUACAAUACUUCUUUUUCCUCACCCUUAAUGCACUCGCGACGCUUGCGCACCAUCUCACCGUUCGUCUGUUGGCAUCCGUGUUGGUUCCCAGGCGUCUUACCGCUGAUAGUGGUAAAAGCAGUGGAGGGAGCGCGGAUAGCGGCACCUUGACGGAUCAACCCUCUAUGUCUCACCCCUCUCCAUCGACCUGCUCGUCUUCCGGUGUCCAAUCUAAGGCACCGCAAGCACAAGCACAUACAACCGCCGCGAAUCCGCCGACGGCAAGCCCACCGAAACUGUCACAACAUGAUUCAGCCUCAGUAUCAUCACCAUCUCUUGUUCGCACCAACAGUGCCUCCGGAAACUUUACUCCUCCCCUUCCACCGCCCCCUCCUGUCGCACCACCCUUAAGGCGAGCUUCCACGGCCCCGAUAACGAACCUCCAACCUCUCCCGCCUCCAGCUCCCGCAAGUCCGACGGCCAUCAGCACCGCCCUCCUAGUCAGCAGCUGCGCAAAGCUCUUCCCAAUCCUCCUCGUCAUUUGGGGCCCAGACGGCAGCGGCGGGAAUAACGCAUCCUCGGAAUCCUACACCCAAAGUCCAGCAGACAUUCACUCGCGGCCUCUGAUUAUAGCUCGACAGCAGGGUGUCCCAACACCGAUAGCGACGCUAGUCCCUGCGGCUACGUCUGCGUUGUCGCCUUCUACUUCAUCACUUACUUCGUUAUUACCUGCUCCGUGGCCAAUGCCUCCGUUAUUCGAGAGCUGGAUUGCCAAAAUAGCCUCGAUGAUGCCGGUUUCUGCGCCGGCGAAUCAAUAUCUGGCUUUGUUCUUGGACUCGAUUGGUUCGCUUUUGUCGUUGGGGGCGGCGGAUACGCAUCUGGUCUUGUUGAGUAACAUUGAGGCAUUGUAUAUCUUACUAGGAUGUGGAUAUCUGCGCGCUGUCGCGUUAGCGGUUGCAGGAUUAGUGGCUCGAUGGGCGGUUCAACGGGUUAUAUUAGGAGCUGUAGGAGUUGGAUAA